AUGGCUCUCUACUUCUCCUCGAUCCCCAACCGUCCGCUGUCCGAUACCUUUGGCACCCAGCCCACUGGCUCGCUCGAGCCUGACCUUACUUGCCUCUCGAACUCAUUUGAGCCCACUCAAGCCUUCUUCCCAAACCCAUUUGAACCCACUCGACCCCAAUUUCUGAUACCAUUUGAACCUACACGAGCGCACUUUCCAAACCCAAUUGAACCGCCAUCCUCUCUCGAAGGAAUUGCUGCAGUGGUGGGCCCCAAAGUACUCUUCGGCCUGACCACCUCUCCUCCGCAGGCCCUACCACGCCGAAAGCCGGCCGAGCCCAGGACGUUCCGGGGAGUUCGCAAGCGUCCGUGGGGCAGAUGGUCGGCCGAGAUUCGCGACCGCAUUGGUCGGUGCCGCCAUUGGCUUGGGACUUUCGACACAGCUGAGGAGGCAGCUCGUGCCUAUGAUUCAGCUGCCCGCAGACUUCGUGGUUCAAAGGCAAGGACAAAUUUCUCGAUCCCCUCUGCGUUGUACAUCCCUCAGCCUCCAGGCGGUGGCAGCAGCUCUGGGCCUAUUGAGAACAGGAAGAUGCCUGCAGCAGCGAAAGGGAGGAGAAGUUGUGCAGUAGUGAGGUCCGUGGACGAGCUAGUGUCGUCGGCCGUGGUGCAAAGGGAGGCUGGAGGGGUGGGGGGUGGUGGGGUGGGGCUGGAUUUGAGGCUGGGGGUUGAUGUUGCUGAGCUUAGAGGGGCUGCGCCUGAGUGA